AUGGAACAUGGGAAAGAUACAAGUAGGAAAGAGAAAAACCGUGUAGAAAGCUUGGAAGAACUGAGUGCCGUCUUGAAGCAAUACUAUGAGCUAUUGAACUUACAAUCGCAAACGCUAGGUCUCCGCAAGCCUGGUGGUCGAAUUAUAUCCGCUUUCCGCGACUUCUUGAACGGGACGUCUUUCCGCGAUGAACAUGGCAAGCCUCAGCCUCUUCCCCUCAUUAGCGGGGCAGCGCAAGGCUUCCUAAACGAAGAACGUGAUCUUCUCAUGCUGGCCACACCCGUCGAAGAAGACUACCUCUCACUCUUCCUGCGCAAUUACUGGCCGUUCCAGAAGCGCAGAACUCAAGAUCCACUCGACCGCACGGCGAUAUACAAGAACUCGCACAUUGUGCGAACGGUAUCGGCAUUGAACAUGCUACUCGCUGCUAUUCUUUUGAUAGGCGCAAUUGUCAAUCUGUAUUAUGUCUCUAGCCCGAAAGCAAAGCUAGGUCUGGUAGCGAUGUACACUGCGCUCUUUGCGCUAAGUGUCGCGUUGUUGACAACCGCAAAGCGAGCGGAAGUCUUUGCUGCUGCUGCGGCUUAUGCGGCUGUACUUGUUGUGUUUGUAAGCGGGAAUCUAGGCGGUGCUACGACCGAACAAUGCCUUAUACAACUCGAAGGCGGCAUUUGGAAGACCGCCAUAGGUCCUUCGCCCGCGGGCUGGUUGUUCAUCGAAUCCUUCCGUGGCGUAACCCAAGCAAGUUACAUUUGGGACAAUCUGGCGGUCAAGACAAAGUUGUUCCUUCCAUGGAUGCAACCUUACCUAGCUUGA